AUGCCCCUACUCAAAUUCACCUUGAGCGAGGAGGGUGUCAGCGCUCUGCGCGAAGCUCUGGCCUGCCUCAAUAAGUUCAGCGAGGAAGUGUCUCUCGAAGCUACGAAGGAUAAACUGGUUUUUACCGCGUUGAACUCAUCCAAGUCUGCUUAUGCGUGCUUCUCCUUCACCACCAAUCGUUUCUUUUCUCGAUAUCAAUUCGAAGGCGCAGCACAAAACAGAAGCAAGUUCUUCUUCGUCGCACCUCCUAAUGUGACGCAGGCCCUUCUAUCCCUCUUCCGUGCUCGUAGCGGAGAUCCUUUCCACGAGCAUGAGAAGGACACUACCAUUGAGCGUUGUGAUGUCGCCGUUGAAGAUGAAGCUGGGAAGAACAGCAGAUUCAUUGUCAAGAUUAUCUGCAGAAAUGGAAUGACCACGAAAUAUCGACUGCCUUUCGAGGUCAGUCCGCCGACUCAUGCAAAGUUCAACAAAGUCGAGGCCACGAACAAGUGGACCAUGGCAUCUCGUACUUUGCGCCAGCUGAUGGACCAUUUUGGGCCGGGGAUCGAAUUCCUUGAUAUCCACUCUGAAGACGACCAAACCGUUAAUUUUACAUGCUUCACCGAGAAGGUAGCCCAAGGCGAUGGUGAGCUCUUAUGUUCCCGAUUCCCUGCAGCAAGCUUACGUAUCUUUCUACAAGAGGUGCUCAAGAAGCCCCUUCAUACUUCGAUCGCUAUAGAGCGCGAUGAAUUCGAGGCUUUCGAAGUCGCGGAAGAGAAUUUGCACAUCGUCAUCAGUGUUAAAGACUUCCGAGCUAUUACACAACAUGCAGCUCCCCUCUCAAGCGGGAUCACUGCAGUGUACUCCACAGCCUCUCGGCCGAUGCAACUGAGUUAUGAAGGUGAUGGCCUCAAAUGCGAAUUUCUCCUCAUGACUGUCGGUGGCGAGCGCGGAGACUCUGGCCAGAAAGCAAAAAAGGCAAGAGCGAAUGCCAAGGGUCCGCGGCCAAACCAACUCGAGGCUGCUACUAGUAGAGCGACCUCACGGGCUCUUACCCCGGCUCAAGAUGCUGCUCCGGCAGGACGGAGUUCCACACGACCAGAUCCUGUCCCAUCAUUACGCCCACCGGUAACUAGGCUGUCUCAAAGGCCCCCUCCGCCUACCUUUGAAGACGAUUCACUGUUUGUCCCGCAAGACAAUGAUAACCAGUGGGAUCCAGUCAAUCUCAACGAAGAUGAAGAAGAGGAGAAUGCUAGGCUGGAAUGGAACGCAAGUGCUCCGCAGACCUCCACUGCACCAAAUAUGAGAUCAGUCAUGGCUCAGCAAGCCGCCUCUCAUGGCGGCUUUGCGGGUGAUGAACCAGACCAGACCCCAGCUCCAUCAGAUUUCGAGCCCACUCAGCGUAUCUCGCAGGUCCGGAAAUAUGGUCUGUUUGGAGAUUGA